AUGUCUCGCCAACAUCCCCAACCCUACAAACGUCCCGAGCAAGGCGGCUGCGAAGAAAUCAAUAAGGAUGAGACUGUUGAAGUGCACAUCCGUGCAAAUUUCUGGGCAGUAGGCUUCGCCAUUGGCGGCCUACAAUUCUUUCGUAUGGCUGGGGAUCUGAAGUGGAAUUUACAUCCCCAAGUGGGCAACGGAACCACGACUUCUUCAGACCCAACCACGCGGUAUCGUAUAUCGUCGUCGUCGUUGUCUAAAAGUCAAAUCAUUGCGCCCACCCUGAAAAAGUUACGCGUCAGCGCAGCCAGGGCUCCUUCUGAUAUGGUCGCGAACGACGUCGUCACGAGCCGUGAGUCCACAUCGCGAGCAUUUGAACUGAAUGCCCAGAUGCUUCCCGAUGUGCCUCGCGAUACUGCUCAUUUUCAGACGUUUGUCCAUCGAGCACGAACUCCAGCGGCAUUCGAGGUCCGCGUCGCCAGUGUGCACGAUACCGUGCCGUUCCCGAAGAUGGGAGAGAAUGUCUCUGGGAGAGCCUUCGAUGAACAUUCCGCAGGGAGAGUGUUGGGUGUCCCAGGAGCAGCGAUAGACGAGGGCUACCUCAGCAUUCCGCGCGUUAACGGCAGCGCUUGGCUCAACAUCUAUGACGACGGAGUUCUGCGGGCUCGUAGAUUCACAUGGACAAUGGGGUAA